UGGCGAGGCUCGAGGAGCGCCCACAAUCAAGCGCCUUCACUGUGGAUUAAAGGUGCAGCCGCAGAGCCCGAACAGAGCUCGAACAUGGGUGGCGCGAAUGGCAAGGGCAAAGCCGGUCCCCGUGUUCCAUCGGCGAGGAAGGGCAGCGGCAAGAAGCGCAAGACGUUUUCAGAGGACCUCGGUCUAGAUCACCUCAAAGCGCUGACGGCUCAGAUCGCUGGCGAGAAGGAUGAAAGGCAUCAGAAGCGUUUAGAGCGUGCAAAGCAACAGCAGGAGCAAUCUGCGUCCAAGCUGAAACAUCAAGAUGGCUCAGCAAGCAGAGGAAAAGGGGUCAAGCGCCUGGACGAGGUGAAAGCGAGACUAAAAGCCAAGGUCCGCGAGAAGGCCAAGCGGCGAAAAGAAGCUCGCAAUCAAAAGGCGAGCGUCAGCGAUUCGAGCAUGGGUAUGGAAGGCAAGUCUGCCGCGCCCGCAAGCCCCGUUGGCCCAGACAUCAGCAAGAAACGCAAAACAGUCGCCUUUGCGUGAUCAUGACAGGUACUCCUACUGUAUCCUUAUUGCGAUUCUAUUCUGUAUCAUACCUUUCAUCAAGCGGCGCGAAAGGCAAACGCAGGCGUGGCACACGUCGAUGAAAACCGUGUCAUUGCAUCUUCAAUCGAUGAGGUAUUUG